CACUUUGCUGUUCCCGGCGCGCAUUGCAAGCCAAAUCAAGCAUCCCGUGGCAAGCAGACCGUAAACUCCUCCCUCUUGUCUCUGCAGAGUGUGACAGUGUUGAAAGAUAUAGGUCGAUGCGAUCAAGCAUAACGGUGUGCCAUCAGAGACAUCAGGAUGCUCUCUGCAGCUGCUUCAGGCAAAGUUGGGUUCAAUAUGGGGAUGGGAGUGGGCAGGUGUGUGUCAGCCUGGUUAAGAGGGUCCCCCAAUGCCCUGAACAGAAGGAGGGACUGGGACCCCUCUCCCAGGUACAGCACCACAGCAGCCAAACCCAGCACCACGUCCUUCAACUAUGUCAUCGUGGGCGCUGGCUCGGCGGGCUGCGUCCUGGCCAACCGUCUCACGGAGGAUCCCCAGGAGUCAGUGCUCCUGCUGGAGGCCGGCCCUAAGGACAGGACCCUGGGCAACGUCCGUCUCUCCUGGAAGAUCCACAUGCCGGCCGCCCUCACCUACAACCUGUGUGACGACAAGGUCAACUGGUUCUACCACACCCUGCCCCAGGAGCACGUGAACAACCGGGUGAUGUACUGGCCCCGCGGCAGGGUGUGGGGUGGCUCCUCCUCUCUCAACGCCAUGGUGUACAUCCGGGGCCACGGUGAGGACUACAACCGCUGGCAGAGGGAGGGGGCGGAGGGAUGGGACUACGACCACUGCCUACCAUACUUCCGCAAGGCCCAGUGCCACGAGCUGGGAGGCGACCGGUACCGGGGAGGCAGCGGGCCCCUGCAUGUGUCCCGGGGGAAGACGAACCACCCUCUACACCGGGCCUUCAUAGAGGCUGGCCAGCAGGCUGGGUACCCCUUCACUAACGACAUGAACGGCUUUCAGCAGGAGGGCUUGGGCUGGAUGGACAUGACCAUCUAUGAAGGUAAGAGGUGGAGCACAGCCAGUGCGUACCUGCGGCCGGUCCUUAACCGAGCCAACCUGAGGACAGAGGUGCAAUGUCUGACCACCAGGAUCCUGUUUGAUGGGAGGAGAGCUGUGGGCGUGGAGUACACUCAGAACGGGGAGAAGAAGCAGGUUUUUGCUGAAAAGGAGGUCAUUCUCAGUGGUGGGGCCAUCAACUCCCCACAGCUUCUCAUGCUGUCGGGGGUGGGCAACGCUGAUGACCUGAAACAGCUAGACAUCCCUGUGGUCCAGCAUCUACCAGGAGUGGGCAGUAAUCUUCAGGACCACCUGGAGCUGUAUGUUCAGCAGCAGUGCACUCAGCCCAUCACCCUGUACAAGGCCCAGAAGCCUUUCCACAUGGUCAAGAUUGGCCUGGAGUGGCUCCUCCAAUAUACAGGAUACGGGGCCACAGCCCACCUGGAGAGUGGGGGCUUCAUCCGGAGCAGAGGAGGCGUGGCCCACCCCGACAUCCAGUUCCACUUCCUGCCCUCGCAGGUCAUCGACCACGGCCGUGUCGCCUCCAAGAUAGAAGCUUAUCAGGUUCACGUGGGACCAAUGAGAAGUACCAGUAUUGGAUGGUUAAAGCUGAAGAGCGCCAGCCCUCUAGAUCACCCAAUCAUCCAGCCCAACUACCUCUCAACAGACACAGAUGUAUGGGAGUUCAGGGAGUGUGUCAAGCUUUCUCGGGAGAUCUUCGCCCAGAAGGCCUUCGACCCAUUCCGGGGGCCCGAGGUACAGCCAGGCCCUGAGUGUCAGUCAGACGCCGAGAUUGAUGCGUUUGUGCGUCACAAGGCAGACAGCGCCUACCAUCCGUCCUGCACGUGUAAGAUGGGUUCUCCAUCUGACCCAAUGGCGGUGGUGGACCCAGAGACGCGCGUGCUGGGCCUCGAGGGCCUCCGUGUGGUCGACGCCUCCAUCAUGCCCAGCGUCGUCAGCGGCAACCUCAACGCCCCCACCAUUAUGAUCGCGGAGAAGGCUGCUGACAUCAUCAGAGGGCGACCGGCGCUCAGCGACCCCGGGGUGCCUGUGUACCAGCCUGGAUCUCUAGAGACCCAGCGAUGAGCUUCACACAGACGUGUGGAACCUGCAGCGUACCCAUCUCCUAAGGCCCUGAACAGCCAGAGGUGGAUGCUAGGUAUUCAUGUACACAACCGUCUGUCUUUACCGUCAAAGUUUCUAUUUUUUAUGAUUGAUAUGUAAAAA